AUGGGAAAUGUGGUGAUCCGCCAUCCUUGGCUGUACUACAUCCAAGCAUUGUUUGUGGCUUACGUUUGCUACACCGUGAAGACCUUGAUCUAUGAUGCACAGGAGAAAUUUCUGGUUCGACGCUUCAAGUGGCUGAAGACUUUGCCGCAUCCGCGCUCCAGGACAGUCCUGGUGGAAGGCAUCCCGGAUGAAUUUACCUGCGAGGACAAGAUUCGCGAGUUCUUUGGUCUGGCGUUGGGCAGCGAUGUGGUCGAGGAAGUCCACACCGUGAAGAAAACCCGGGCGCUCAUCGGUUUGGUGCAAUACAGGGACACGGCACUGGACCAGAAGAGUCAAGCGGAGUUCCAACUGGAGAAGAACGAGAAGAGACCUGAGCACUAUGUGGUGAAUGUGGGGCAGGUGCCUCAAAAGGUGGAUAGCAUCGAAUUCUACACCGAGGAGGUGAGGAAGACGGAGGAAGCCAUCGCGGCAGAGUACCAUCGAAUUCUGGAGGAAUCCCAAAAGGUGGGAGGCGUGAACUGCCGCAACGCCUUCGUCUCCUUCAAAGAUCGCAAGUCUGUUGAGUUGGCCAAGGAGCUGGAUUAUGACUCUGAUGCCUACACUUGGGUCCUCAGCGAGCCCCCUGACAUUGAGAUGGUGCGUUGGCAGGAACUUCGCUUGGAUGACAACUACACUGAGACGGCAUCAGAGGUCAUUGGCUAUGCCUGUGUCUUUGGCUUGUAUGCAGGUUUCGUUCCCAUCUGCUUGGCCAUCACCAACAUCGCCAAUAGCAUCCACAUGCCCGGAUUCUUGGAUGCCUUGUGGGCAUCCUUGGCGCCCACCAUGGGACUCACCAUUUUCCUCUCCUUCCUGCCGACGGUGCUGUUGUUGGUCAUCGACAACUGCUACACCUUGCGUUCCUCCUCUCGCGCCCAGGAGAUGUUGCUCCGAUGGUACUUCUGGUUCCAGGUGAUCUUUGUGUUGCUGGUCACAGCGGUGGGGAACGACUUCUUGGACUUCUGCAAGGAAGUGGCUCAAACUCCACUGAGCUUUCCUCACUUGCUGGCGGAUCAGUUGCCCAAAGCCACGCAUUUCUAUAUGAAUUGGGUGGUGGUUCAAUGGUCGACCCAUGCCUUGAACUUGUUGCGCUACAUCAACUUGUCGAAAUUCCUGGGCUUUCGCACCAUUUACACCGAAGAAGAGGCCAAGAAGAAGGCUGAGCCCGAGGAUCAGGAUUAUUACGGCUUUGGUUCUCGAAGUGCGCGCUGGUGCAUUAACUUGCUGGUAGGCAUCGUUUUUGGCACAUUGAAUCCAACCAUCCCUUUGCUUGAAGCCAUCAAUUUCCUGAUUUCCCGAGUGAUCUAUGGCUAUUUGAUUGUUGCGGCAGAGACGAAGAAGGCCGAUCUGGGUGGCAACUUUUGGGUCAUGAACCUGCGCCAUGUCUUGGCCGGCACCAUUCUUUACUGCAUUCUGAUGACGGGUGUCUUUCUGGAUCGAGCUCCAACCAUGGUACCUGCUGCAGUCUCAAUCACUUGCUUGAUUUUCAUUGUCAGAUGCUACUUCCACUUCAACAACCAUUUCCGCUGGGAGGCUCUUCCAUUUGUAGAGAUGAUGUACAAAGACAAGGACAUGAUCGCGGCCGCCGCUGAAGAUCCGCAGGAGAGCUAUGAGCAGCCAGAGAUGAGGCACGCAAGGAGCAUUGCUGCGAAUGCCAAUUCGCCCAAGAGGAGUGGUUGAUCGACCUGACCGGUUCCAUGAGCGAACAGCAGUGGAGAUUGCGCGUUGCGGAG